AUGGAUCCCCAAAGAGUGAAAUCGAGGGCGGAAGAUGAAUCCAGGGCCGAUGGGAGGAAGGCCUUGAAAUCCUUGAAGUAUUUGCUGGAGGCUUGGCUCAAGGUGGUGAAUGAACAACCUCCAAGAGUAGCCGGAGAAGUUAGGUCGUUAGCAGCUAGGCCGGGAGUGGAAGUCCCGGAUCAAGGUAGAACCCCCGCAGAAGAUGUCACGAAAAGAUCAGAAGAGCGGGGAAGUAAGGGCGCUUGCCCGAGAGCUCAAGAGCAAAGGCGAGAUCCAGUAGUUAAAGUAGUUCCUUCUUCAGUACUAGAAAGAGGAAUGAUCCUUCAAGCGAUGGAUCCAGGACCUGGUCCAAAGGUCGGAAUCCAGCUUAUAAAGGUGUUCGAUCGAAUAAAAGGCGAAAGGACGAAAAGAGGGGAGAGCAGGUCUCUGGGUAGGCGCAUCUCCAGUUUCUAA